AAAAGAUGUGGGCUUCAUUCUGAGUGUGUUGAUGUGUCUGCAGCUUUUGAAAACUGGAGCCAGCUGGCACCAGAGUGAACGAGCCUAUGAGCAGGCUGAGAAGCGCAAGGUUGCAGCCAAAAAAUCCGUAUGCAGACAUCAUCAACAGCAGCGACUUCAAGACAAAACAUCUUCCAGCAGGAGAAGGAUUCUCUGUAGCCUUCACAACCCAGGGAUUUGCAAGAAGGAUGAUUCAGAGCCAACCGAGAAAUCCGAACAGCAUCCACAUCAAAGCAGUAAACACAACCAACGGAAGCCUAGGCAAAUCAGGCUGUUUCUCAUCAGAGCACUCCACGACUCAAAGGCUCGUUCAGAUCUCUGCCACCUGCAUACUUACCAGGACCAAACUCCGUACCCCCAGCUCACCAGGUUCUGCUAAUUCUCUGCUGACAAGAUGGCAACCAACGAUGCAGACAUUGAAUAUGAGUUUGAAGGCAGUGCUAAGACCAGGACUGAACCACAAAGACCAAAUCCAGAUAUAGACGGAGGCUGGGGGUGGUUUGUGGUCCUGGCCUCUUUCAUCGCUCACAUACUCGUCAUGGGAUCACAGAUGUCUCUGGGGAUACUUUACAUGGAAUGGUUGGAGGAGUUUCAACAAAGCCGUGGACUGACAGCGUGGAUUGGAUCCUUGUCACUUGGUAUAGCAAUGAUUAUUGGACCAAUUGCAGGUUUAUUUGUGGACGUGUGUGGAUGCCGUAAGACCGCAAUAAUAGGAGGAAUAUUAACGACGCUGGGCUGGGUGAUGAGUGCUUUUGCAACUAGUGUCUACUCCCUUUUCUUGUCCUUUGGAGUUGUAGUGGGGAUUGGGAGCGGUUUGAGUUACCUGCCUAACAUAGUUAUGGUGGGAAAGUAUUUUGAAAAGCGGCGAGCACUGGCGCAGGGAAUAAGUACAACGGGCACUGGAUUUGGGGCCUUCUUCAUAACUAUUCUACUCAAAGCCCUGAAUGCUGAAUUUGGCUGGAGAGGUGCCAUGUUCAUCCAAGGAGCGGUGAGUUUGAACCUGUGUGUUUGCGGAGCUCUUUUGAGGCCACUUUUGCCCAGCAAAAGAAAGUUUCGAGAAACUGAGUACAUCAGAGGGGAGGCAUGUGGAAUGGAAGGUACAGCUCUUUCUAUUAAUGGGCGAAGCUCUGAUGCAGGGAUCAGCGAGCAGGAUGCAAAGGAAUAUAAAGGAAAUCCACCAAAGGAAGCUGGUGCGCAAAAUGUUCUCGAUGCUACAUGUAAAUACCAAACUGCUAAGUGGGCCACAUUCAAAGACGCGUGUGCAGCCAACCUAUUUAAAAUGUCUAGCAAGUUCAUGAGGUCUGUGAGGCUGGGAUUUUACACAUGGUAUUCAAGCUACUUUGGAGCUGCAUCACUCUUUCAGAACAAGGUUUUUGUAGCAUAUAUUUUCUGGGCUUUGUUAGCCUUCUGUAGUUUUGUUAUACCUUUCAUUCAUCUCCCAGAGAUUGUCAAACUGUACGGCUUAACUUCUGAGAACGACAAGUUUCCUUUGACCUCGAUCAUAGCAAUGCUCCACAUUCUUGGUAAGGUGAUUUUAGGCACAAUCUGCGACCUUCCGAUUGUCAGUGUCUGGAAUGUGUUGGUGUUGUCUAACUUUUGUUUUGCAGUCUGUAUUCUGGUUAUUCCACUAAUGUAUACUUUCACCAACUUGGCCAUUGUAUGCGCUGUAAUUGGGUUCUCCAGUGGAUAUUUAGCACUCAUACCCUGUGUAACUGAAGAUUUGGUGGGAAUAAACAACCUUGCCAAUGCUUUUGGAAUCAUCAUCUGUGCCAAUGGAGUGUCUGCAUUGCUGGGACCACCAUUUGCAGGCUGGAUCUUUGACUUAACAAACAAGUAUGACUACUCUUUUUAUGUGUGUGGCUUCCUCUACAUGGUUGGGAUAGCCUGCCUGCUGGUGAAAUACUGUGUCCCAUUGAAGGAAAUCCCUGAAAAAAAGGAAAGAGCAAGAAACUUCUGAAGCCUGAUGUAGUAAUUGUGAGAAAGUGAGCUUCGUUUUUCACCAAUAGAACAAUUUUUGGCAACUCUCCAAAAAGUUUUUAAAUUUUUGCAUGCAAUUGACUCAAAUUAUAUUGCGCCAAAGAGGCAAUAUUUUCAUCUUAUUUAAUCAUGCUUUUAUUUAUGCAUUUAUAGAAUUUAACAUUGUCAUUUUUAGGUACUUAUGUUUUGGGUGGCAAUUUUGUUCUUUUCCUUUUCUUGCGAAGGGUCCAUUGCCUUCUAGCUCUGAUGCUUUAUCUGAUUGAGUGUCUUGGGCACCUUAGCUGAUGUCUGUUUCUUUCCUCACCCACUAUGCAUACAGGAAUGAGAACUCCAGCAGGUUAUUUGUCCUCUCACUAGUGUAGGAGUGCUAUUUCUUCAAAGUAGCUUUAGUUUCACUUUUUCUCCCUUUCACUCUCAAUGGUGUUGGUUUGUGUUGGGGUAUAAGUUCCACAACCACUAUUUCAAGCACUUCACCAAGAGGAUAUCCCUCCUGUGUGAGGAUACAUAGUGAGUGUUGGCAUGUUCAACCAAGAGAAGAAUCACAAUCAAGCCUCACUGUAUCCUUAGCCAAUAUACCACAAUUUUCUUAAGCAAUUAUUUGAAAUGGUCUCAAUGUUCUAAUCUUAGCUGUGUAACCGUGUUAGGGAUUAGGGAUGGCUCAGGUUAGGGAAAAUUCAGGUUUACCCCCCUCCCCCAACCUCCCCUCGCUACCAGAAUCACAAUUCCCAACUGAGAUGGUCAGCGUGUGAUCUGCACUUUUGCAAUACCACUGUAUCACCAUUUACUAGGAGGUGCCCAAGAAUUGAGAAGAUUGAUUUGGUUUUAAAUAACAGAGAAAAAUCAGCAACAGGCAAAGUGAGUAGUCAUUUGCCUUUGCAAUACAAAUAAAUCAAUUUAAAUGCAAUAGAAAAGAUGAUGUUUCAUGCACUCAAUUGUUCUAGGGUUUUGUGAUAUUAUAAAUUGUGAGGUUGGUUAGUCAAAAGUGAUGGUGCAUUUUUAUCAUUUUUUUUAAAUAUGGAAUGUUAUUUUAAAAUGGGAUAAUAUUAAUAACCACUUGGAAAGAUAUGGGUUGAUUAAAGAGAGUCAAAGAGUUGAUUUGUUCAAAUCAAGUCUCAGCUGACAAAUCUAAUGUUUUCUUUUUUAACAAAGUAAACGAUAAAAUAGGUGGAGGUAAUGCUGUGGAUGUGGUAUAUUAUAUGUAUACAGUAUAUGGACUUUCAGAAAGUUUUUGAUAAGGUGCUCUAUAGGAGCUUUGUUUAAAAAAUGAGAUUACACGGUAUUAAUGGAAAGGUGUGGAUAGAAAGUUUGUUACAGAAGCAGAGGGUGGGAGUACAUGAUUGUUCUUCACAAUGGAGAGAUGUAAACAGUGGUGUCCUCCAGGGGUCAGUGGUUAGGACCACUGCCUUUCUCUAUUUGAUGUAAAUUAUCAGGGGUACAAUUUCUAAGUUUGCAGAUGAUACAAAAACGGCAUGUAGCUAACAAUGAAGAGCAUUGUGAGCAACUUCAGGGGACAUAGGCAGAUUCAUUUAUUGGGCAGAGAAAAUUGCAAGUUAAAUUUAACAUGGGCAAAUGUGAGGUUAUACAUUUUGGGAGGAAGAAUAAGAACAAGUAUAUGUUGGGUGGUAAAAUAUUUUAAAAAGUGGAAGAACAGAGGGACUUGGGGCGUUAAUAAACAUAAAUCUUUAAAGGUUGAACGACAGGUGGACAAAGCUGCCAAAUAAAAUGGAAUCUAAGGUUUUAUAAAUAGGGUGUAGCAUAUAAAGAUAAAGAGGUAAUGCGAAGCUGAUGUAAAUUGUUAGUUAGACCACAAUAUUAGUCCAGUAUAAGUCAUCCCACUUCAAGUAAGACAUCAAGGUGUUAGAGGGAAUGUAGAAAAUUAUUAGAAUGAUACUGGGGAUGAGUGGUUUGGCCUAUGAGCAGAGAGGGGAAGAACUAGGACAUUUUCUGCUGGCACAAAGAAGAUUGAGACCUGAUUGAGGUUUUUAAAAUUAUGAGAGGUUUUGGAGGUCAAUUGGGGAGAAAUUAUUCCCAUUGAUCAUUGAGGCAGGAGCUAUAUUGCAUCAAUUUUAGAUAGUUAGUAAAUGAGCAAAUGGGAUGGGGGGUUCAGGAUAUGGAAUGCCCUGUCGGGAGUCCAUAUUAGCCUUCAAGAGGGAACUAGAUUGAUACCUUAAUGAGUCAGCUGCAGAGGUUUAGGGAAACAGCAAGUAAAUGGGACUUGAAACGAUUGCUCUUGAGGGAGCUGGCAUGUACACGAUGGGCUGAACGGCCUUCUGUGCCAUAAACCUCUAUGGUUCAAAAAAAAUGCUCCCCAUAUUAAAUUCCUAUGAUGCUACUACAACUUUCUGGAUUUGCUUUUACAUUUAAAUUGUAUUUAAGCACGCUGGAACGUUACCCUGCGUGAGUGACACUGUAUGAAUGUAAGUGGUUGUAAGGACAAUUAUGCUACUUUGAUAAAUCAGACAAUAAACCACAAAUGUAUGGGGUAAA